GUCACCAGGAGGAUUCCUAUUUAAAGCAGCGUUCGUUAACUUGAACGCUAACACUGAUUGACAGCAAAGGCUAAAGUACUAAAACAGCAGUUUUUCGGUUCUUUUCAACGUUUCAAAACGUUUUCACAAUGAACUUUGCCCUGGCAACUUGUAAUGUUUCCGGUGGGUGGCCAUUUUUAACGUACGCUCUGGGGAUGUUGAAGGCUCGUUAGUGUAUGUAGCUAACCGUCCAGUGGAUUUAUUUUUUAUUGAACACGCUUCCAGACUCUUAAAAUAUAUUUAUUGUUUUCAAAAAAAGACACUGAAGAAUAUUACGAUCAUAACCCUACAAGAAUCGGGUCCCCGACCGUUCGAUCUUGACGUGAGGUAAACAGAACAGAGUCCAGAUUGGAGCUGGAAAACAUUUUUAGUACUUGCUGUCAAGUUAAAAUGAUCACCAGAAGAAAAAGUCGUUCAGAUUUUGAUGCAGAGGUGCACACCUCAAAUUCCCCUUUUGGGGUUGAAGUCACUGACUUUGUUGACAUUAGAGAACAAUUUAAAACUAGUGCCUCUGAAGAAAUGAGCUCAGAGAAUGGAGAUAGUACAGUCGGAUUAGAACUGGAUGAUUUAUUUGGAAUAGACUCGUUAAACUGGACAUUUGAGAAGGAUGCGGUCUCUCCUCUUUUCAAUACUGGAUUGGGUGACACGACGGAUCAAGAUUUUGGAAUCGGCGGAUCCAGGACCCCGUCGCCAGAAGGAAUGUCUGCUGGUCGGAAAAGGAAGUGGAGAAAUGACCCUUCUGGACGCAUGAACAACAAGAAUGCCAUCGCUGCAAGAAUGAAUCGCCUGAAAAAGAAGGAAUAUGUCAAUGGCCUGGAGAAUAAAGUUGGGACACUGUCCUCAGAAAACCGCACUCUCAAACAGGAAAACAGCCAAUUAAAUAAGAGGGUGGAGGAGUUGGAAGACGAGACUAGGUACCUCAGAGCCGUGUUGGCCAACGAGAGCAUGUUAGCCCAGCUGUUGUCGAGGCUGAGCGGUGUGAACGGCAUGAAAUUGUCUUCCUCACUUUUCCAGGGGUCCAACAAGAACGGUGACCAUGAUUAUGCCUUGCCCAGGAAACGUGUGAAGGUCGAGGAGAAGGAAACCUCUGGUGGUGUCUGUCUGCACGUGGACAAAAAUCACGUCUCGGUGGAGUUCUGCACCAAGUGUGCAGAGAGUGCAAGUGCAUCACUCAAAAUGUAGGGUCAAGUACUUUUAUCUGUUUUCAGAUGUUGAGACUGAACCUGAUUUAACAUCAGGGUAAUGAACAUCAGGGGAAUUUAUGAACUCUGUUAAGAAUUUGACACCAGUACUUAAAAAAUGUUGAAUGAGCAUGUGUGUAUGAAAAUCUUAUGAAACCAAUGAUUGAAGAACACAUUACUUGUUAAACCUUGUUGCCAGUUUUCUCCUAGGUGAGGAUUGUUCUACCAUGCUGGAUGAAUGGCUUACAGAACAUCCCUGUCUGCUUGGCUCCAUGUGGAUUCCGCUGUUGAGGAAGCUGAAGAGGCGGGACCCGCUGCUGCCAACUUGGUCUGGUAUUUUUUUAAAGGUAGUAUAACAAAUGGUGUAAGUUACUAUUUUACCAGUAUCCCAUCACACCUGCUUUGAGAAAAAGUGAGUUAAGAAUAUAUUAUGGAUGACCAGUGUUCCACUUCCUAUUGCAAUGGCACCAGAGCUCCUUCACCAGUUUAAACUGACACACUGAAAUGCAAACCAGUUGGAAACAUGCUUACCAAUAUAAUUUGUAUUAUUUAAGUGGUUAUCCUAGCAGAUAUGGAUGACACCAAUUUUGUAUAAAGUGAGUCAGUCCCUUUUGAAUGUCAUGUACAAUACAAGAUGUUUUGCCUGAAACCAUGUAACGUUUUUGUUUUGUUAAUGAGAAUGUUUUAGGAACAUGGCUAUAAAUGAUGGACAAUAAAUAUUUUGAUCAUACACGCUUCAGUUAUGUAUUUUAAAUUGAAUUUUCCCCAUGUAAUUGAUAUUAAUGCACCUCUUUUUCUCUUUUCAAACAGCAAGCUCUUUCUGCAGACAAAGGUCUUUCAAUUACUCUACAAAAUGGAAAAAAAUAUGGUAAUGGUCCCCAAACACGUGAGGUCUCUUGAGUGGAGAGCUCAAAAUGAACUCUGUCCAUAUGCCUAUUAGGUUCAUAUACUUGUGUCAAUACAAUAAUCCUAACCCAGUAAGGUUGCAAGUUGUGCUUCACUCUGAAAAUUGGCUUGUUUUCAAACCUCAAAAUGUAAUCAGCUGUUAUGUUUAGUGUAGAUCUAGCUGCAGAUCUCUAUUCCAAAUGAAUAGAAAAGCUGAGCUGUUAUGCUACUACUUCAAAUAUUUUUUGAAUAGCACAUUCUCCAUGUUAAUUCAGCUUAGGCGAAUGGUGGGUUUUGCACACCUGAUAGCUUGAGACGACACGUAUUGAAAUCUAUCUGUGAAGUCUUGUUUACUUAUGAGCUGGACUGCAUGGCAUUUCUUGGCUUUUGUAUUUUAAAAGUACAUUUGCCAGUUCCUGUCAGAUCUUACUUGCACAAAAAGGCCUGGAUAAGUAUUUUGCUUAUCAGUGAACUCUGGCAUAGUUGACGUGGCACACAACCAUUAAGCAUUCUUCACACCGCAGGCCGUAAUGCUCAAAGGGGGAAAAAUGCUAUUUGGAAUAUUGACUGUUCAAACGGUGUAAGUGACCAAAUUGUAUUUGUCUGAGGUUUGCGCGAACAGUGUGUCAGGUUGAAGAUGUAGCCUGUGAUAUCUGGCCACUGGUUGUAAAAGGGGCUUGGUAAAUUGUGUACUGUUACAUAUGUAUGAUUGUCAUCAAUACCAUUCGCAUACAUACUCGUCUCUUCCGAAGUAUGUCAGCCUUUUCUGGUGCAUACAGUACUAAUCUGGUAGACUGUCAUUCACACUAAUAAAAACUUACACUAAAUCAA